AUGCCAAGCCGCCACCACCUUCUCUGCAUUCUGUCCCCUUCUCUCUCCCUCGUCUUCUUCUUCUUCUUGCUGAGCUUCCAUGGCGGCCACUCCGCUUUCCCAACCAUUUGCGAAUCACAGUCUCAAUGCGGCAACGUCUCCAUCAAGUAUCCAUUCUCGACCGUCAGCGACGCCCCCGUAUACUGUGGCUACCCACAACUCAGAAUCAGUUGCCCGUAUGUCGAUGAUCCCCCGACCGUCUCUCUUCUGGGCGACACCUACCUCGUUACCGAAAUCAACUACGUCGAAGAAACCCUUACUCUCGUCGACAUCAACGUCGCCGACCGGAUAUGCACCAGGGCCAGCCAUAACCUCACGAUCAACUCGCUCCCGCUCGGUUACAACUCUGCUGAUGUCAAUGUCACCUUCUUCUUUAACUGCAGCACCCCUCCGUUGGUGCCCAUUCUCGCCAGGGCCAUCGAUUGCUUGCGAUCUGGUGGUAAGCAGUCGUAUGUGUUCGUGGACAUGAGCCCCGAUAAGGCGGCGGCGAUUCAUGAGGCGUGGGGCUGCGAGGAGGCAGUAGUGGCGGCGGUGAAGCGGACGGAGGUGACAACGGCAAACGGGGGGGACGAGCUCGCUGGGGCGAUGAGCGAGGGGUUCGCGCUUGACUGGGCGGCGGUGAGGGAGUGCGGCGCGUGCGAGCACUCCGGCGGGCGGUGCGCGUUCAACCAGAAUGAGCAGUUGCUAUGCUUCUGCGAGGACGGGUCAAAUCACACGGACGGCUCGUUUUGCAAAGCUUCCAGCUACUUCAAGCCGUUCCGAGAGUGUGUUCCCUAUCCUUGUGGAGAUCAAGAAAUCAGCUAUCCUUUCAGGCAUAAUGAGCGACCGAGUUACUGUGGGUAUCCAGGCUACGAGCUUGACUGUGAUGGAGGUAACUUGACCCUUCUGUCCAUGGAGUCCCUAAAGUAUCAGGUGAUCCACAUGGAUAGGAGCGAGCAGAUCCUUAAGGUGGCGAGGAUGGAUUUAUUGAAAGAUAUAUGUCUUGCAGCACAUGUCAACACCACUUUAAACUGCAGUCUCUUCAACUACACUUCCAUUUACCUCAAUUCUACCUUAUUCUACAAUUGCAACUCAUUGUCAACCCAUUCAGAUUAUUGGUUCUCUUGUCCCACGUCUGGGGAUGGCUGCUUUGCUUUUGAUGCGGACCGUAAAAUCCACCUACACGAGGUCUGCAACUUCAGUGUCUUCGUCCCAAUUGUACCAACUGAACCUCUGGGUCUACCAAUAUCGAAGCUUUUGUCUCCCCGCGCCAAAGUCUUGGUCUUCGGGAGGCCAAAUCAAGUGAUUCUCGUCGGUGCAUUGGGGUCAAGUCGUUCCAAAAGCAACAUCAUUCUUUAUCCCUCUGCAUCCUCUUCCUUUAUAUAUGUACCCUCCUUGUUUUGCUCCAACACCAUCUCCCUCCGGAUGGAUCUUUCCAUGUCGUGUUCCUCUUUCUCCUUGCUCUUCUUCUUCAUCUCCCUCCAUAUUCAGUUCCCUAUGCCAGCUUCUGGCGAAUUCCAGCCGUUUCAAGAUUGCACUCCUUUUGAUUGCGGAAAGCAACAAAUCAGCUAUCCUUUCAGGCAUAUCAGGCGACCAAGUUACUGUGGGUAUCCAGGCUACGAGCUCGACUGUGAUGGAAAUUACACAACCCUGUCCAUGGAGUCCCUGAAAUAUCGCGUGAUCCACAUAGAUUGGAGCGAGCAUGUCCUUGAGGUGGCGAGGACAGAUUUAUGGGACGAUGUAUGUCCUAGAAUACUUGUCAACACCUCUUUAAACUUCAGUCUCUUCAACUACACUUCACGUUACUUCAAUUCCUCCUUAUUCUAUAAUUGCAAUUUGUGGCCCCCUCAACAUUAUCAUUGGUUCCAUUGUCCCCUGUAUGGACUUGGCUACUUUGCCCUAUAUGCUGAUCGUGCAAAACCACUACACAAGCGAUGCAACUUCAGUGUCCUUGUCCCAAAUUCACAUAGUGAAGCUCCGGGUCUAGCACCACCACCGGAGGGCAGCGAUCAUAGUGCUUCUAAUGCUGCUAUUAGUGAGUUCCUGAGCAAAGGCUUUGAGAUCACCUCGAUCGUCAACACAUUCGCAAUGCGAAAAAUGCAACAAAUCAGGGGGAAGAUGCGGUUAUGA